GUCGGUGGAACCUCUGAGCUAAAUCCCCAGCCCUCCAAUCUUUUACAUUAUUUCUUCAUGGAUACCUUCCUGACAAGUUAUGUCUCUUAGAAUUACAAAUUGCCAAUGUUCUGAAAAAGACUGCAUGGGAAUGGCUUGCCUUAUGAUGACAGAAAUGGAAGCAACAUCCACAUCUCCUAAACAUCAGAAUGGUGAUAUUCCUGGAAAUGCUAAUUCUGUGAAGCAACUAGAUUCAGUCCUUCAAGUGUUUCUUUACCAUUCCCUUGGGAAAGCUGAGGGAGAUUAUCUGAAGUUUCCAACUGGAGAGUAUGUUGCAGAAGAAAUUUGUGUUGCUGCUUCUAAAGCGUGUGGUAUCACACCUGUGUAUCAUAAUAUGUUUGCUUUAAUGAGUGAAACAGAAAGGAUCUGGUAUCCACCCAAUCAUGUCUUCCAUAUAGAUGAGUCAUCCAGGCAUAAUGUACUCUACAGAAUAAGAUUUUAUUUUCCUCACUGGUAUUGCAGUGGAAGCAACAGAACCUAUCGGUAUGGAAUAUCUCGAGGCACUGAAGCUCCUCUUCUUGAUGAUUUUGUCAUGUCUUACCUUUUUGCUCAGUGGCGGCAUGAUUUUGUGCAUGGAUGGAUAAAAGUACCUGUGACUCAUGAAACACAGGAAGAAUGUCUUGGAAUGGCAGUGUUAGAUAUGAUGAGAAUAGCCAAAGAAAAAGAUCAAACUCCAUUGGCUAUCUAUAACUCAAUCAGUUAUAAGACAUUCUUACCAAAAUGUGUUCGAGCAAAGAUCCAAGACUAUCAUAUUUUGACAAGGAAGAGAAUAAGGUACAGAUUUCGCAGAUUUAUUCAGCAGUUCAGUCAAUGCAAAGCUACUGCCAGAAACUUGAAACUUAAGUAUCUUAUAAAUCUGGAGACCCUUCAGUCUGCCUUCUACACAGAGCAAUUUGAAGUAAAAGAACCUGGAAGAGGUCCUUCAGGUGAGGAGAUUUUUGCAACCAUUAUAAUAACUGGAAACGGUGGAAUUCAGUGGUCAAGAGGGAAACAUAAAGAAAGUGAGACACUGACAGAACAGGAUUUACAGUUGUAUUGUGAUUUUCUUGAUAUUAUUGAUGUCAGUAUUAAGCAAGCAAACCAGGAAGGCUCAAAUGAAAGUAGGAUUGUAACUAUCCAUAAGCAAGAUGGUAAAAAUUUGGAAAUUGAACUGAGCUCAUUAAGGGAAGCUUUGUCUUUUGUGUCAUUGAUUGAUGGAUAUUACAGACUGACUGCAGAUGCUCAUCAUUACCUCUGUAAAGAGGUGGCACCCCCGGCAGUGCUUGAGAACAUACAGAGCAACUGUCAUGGCCCCAUUUCAAUGGAUUUCGCAAUCAGUAAACUGAAAAAAGCAGGUAAUCAGACUGGACUGUAUGUACUUCGGUGCAGUCCUAAGGACUUUAAUAAGUAUUUUCUGACUUUUGCUGUUGAGCGAGAAAAUGUCAUUGAAUAUAAACAUUGUUUGAUUACAAAAAAUGAGAAUAGAGAAUACAACCUCAGUGGGACUAAGAAGAACUUCAGUAAUCUUAAAGAUCUUUUGAAUUGCUACCAGAUGGAAACCGUUCGCUCAGACAGUAUAAUUUUCCAGUUUACUAAAUGCUGUCCUCCGAAACCAAAAGAUAAAUCAAACCUUCUAGUCUUUAGAACCAAUGGUGUUUCUGAUGUAUCAACUUCACCAACAUUACAGAGGCAUAAUAAUGUGAACCAAAUGGUGUUUCACAAAAUCAGAAAUGAAGAUUUGAUAUUUAAUGAAAGCCUUGGCCAAGGGACUUUCACAAAAAUUUUUAAAGGAGUAAGAAGAGAAGUAGGAGACUAUGGUCAACUUCAUGAAACAGAAGUUCUUUUGAAAGUUCUGGAUAAAGCACAUAGAAACUAUUCAGAGUCUUUUUUUGAAGCAGCAAGCAUGAUGAGUCAGCUUUCUCACAAGCAUUUGGUUUUAAAUUAUGGUGUAUGUGUCUGUGGAGAAGAAAAUAUUCUGGUUCAGGAGUUUGUAAAAUUUGGAUCAUUAGAUACAUAUCUGAAAAAGAAUAAAAAUUCUAUAAAUAUAUUAUGGAAACUUGAAGUAGCUAAACAGAUGGCAUGGGCUAUGCAUUUUCUAGAAGAAAAAAACCUUAUUCAUGGAAAUGUAUGUGCCAAAAAUAUUCUACUUAUCAGAGAAGAAGACAGGAAGACAGGAAAUCCUCCUUUCAUUAAACUUAGUGAUCCUGGCAUUAGUAUUACAGUUUUACCAAAGGACAUUCUUCAGGAGAGAAUACCGUGGGUGCCACCAGAAUGCAUUGAAAAUCCUAAAAAUCUAAAUUUGGCAACAGACAAAUGGAGUUUUGGUACGACUUUGUGGGAAAUCUGCAGUGGAGGAGAUAAGCCUCUGAGUGCUCUAGAUUCUCAAAGAAAACUACAGUUUUAUGAAGAUAGGCACCAGCUUCCUGCACCAAAGUGGACAGAAUUAGCAAACCUUAUAAAUAAUUGUAUGGAUUAUGAAGCAGAUUUUAGGCCUUCUUUCAGAGCCAUCAUACGAGAUCUUAACAGUUUAUUUACUCCAGAUUAUGAACUAUUAACAGAGAAUGACAUGUUACCAAACCUGAGGAUAGGUGCCUUAGGGUUUUCUGGUGCUUUUGAAGACAGAGACCCUACACAAUUUGAAGAGAGACACCUAAAAUUUCUACAGCAACUUGGCAAGGGUAAUUUUGGCAGUGUGGAGAUGUGCCGGUAUGACCCUCUACAGGAUAACACAGGGGAGGUGGUAGCUGUGAAAAAGCUCCAGCACAGUACUGAAGAGCACCUCAGAGACUUUGAAAGGGAAAUUGAAAUCUUGAAAUCCCUACAGCAUGACAACAUUGUAAAAUACAAAGGAGUCUGCUACAGUGCUGGCCGGCGUAAUCUAAGAUUAAUUAUGGAAUAUUUACCAUAUGGAAGUUUACGAGACUAUCUCCAAAAACACAAAGAACGGAUAGAUCACAAAAAACUUCUGCAGUACACAUCUCAGAUAUGCAAGGGUAUGGAGUACCUUGGGACAAAAAGAUACAUACACAGGGAUCUGGCAACAAGAAAUAUAUUGGUGGAGAAUGAGAACAGAGUUAAAAUUGGAGAUUUUGGAUUAACCAAAGUCUUGCCACAAGACAAAGAAUACUACAAAGUGAAAGAACCAGGUGAAAGUCCCAUAUUCUGGUAUGCUCCAGAAUCGCUGACAGAGAGCAAGUUUUCUGUGGCCUCCGAUGUUUGGAGUUUUGGAGUAGUUCUGUAUGAACUUUUCACAUAUAUUGAGAAGAGUAAAAGUCCACCAGCAGAGUUUAUGCGUAUGAUUGGCAAUGACAAACAAGGACAGAUGAUUGUGUUCCAUUUGAUAGAACUCCUAAAGAAUAAUGGAAGAUUACCACGACCAGAUGGAUGCCCAGUUGAGAUUUAUAUGAUCAUGACAGAAUGCUGGAACAAUAAUGUAAACCAGCGCCCCUCCUUUAGGGACCUAGCACUUCGAGUGGAUCAAAUAAGGGACAACAUGGCUGGAUGAAAGAAAUGACCUUUACUCUGAGACCAAAGCGGACUUACAAAACAAAGUUUUGUAUUUAACAUUGCUGUGGACUAUUAUUACACAUAAAAUUAUUAUACACAUCAUGAUCUAGCCAGCAAAGAUGUGAAAAUAUCUGCUCAAAACUUUCAAAGUUUAGUGAAUUUUUCCUCAUAUGGACAUCUGUAAAAGAUAUUCAGGAAAAAUCUCAAGCAAGAAAUUUUGUAAAAAGUUCCAUGACUCUUAGUUAUAUAUCCUUCUCUGACAAAAGAAAAAAAAAGACUUUUUUCAAUUUAAUUUUUUGAGAGGUAAAAAAAUUUUGCAAUGUUAAAGAUGAAUAUAUAUGUACAGUUUUUACCACAGUGAAUGUAUAAUACUUUGGGAUCUUGUGUGGUUUACACAAGGGCUUGUGUUCAUUAAUAAUAUUUUCUAAUUUUUUCAUGUUGAUGUAUAAUAACUACUAUACAAAUUAUGAUGCUCAGAAAAUUGAAUAAAUACCUUUGUGUUCUUGUUCGUCUGUAUCACUGUCCAGCAAUAUUAAGCAGGUAUAUACUUUUAGAUUGUAGUUCCAUGUAUUGUAAAUAUUUUUCUAUGAAGAGGGAACAAAAGCCUAGUUUUAUUUGUAUAGAAAAAUUUCCUAACCCCAAGGAAUACAUUUUGAAAUGGAAGAAGCUUACAAAGAUAUAACAUAAUCUAUUUUCUUAUUUGUUUCCCUUGUGUCUGUUUGUGGUGAAUGUUUUUUUUAAUAGAAAUAUCUCCAGAUUUUUCUAAGACUGUAAUGAAUUGUUUUAAAUUUUUGAGAUUAAGAAUAUCAGAAAUAUUGUCAUCCCUCGAUCUGUUGCCAGUAAGAUUCUUCAGUCCCUGGGACUGAUGGUCAUGCAUUAAAUUUAAGCACAAGGCCAUAAACAGUUUCUAAAAUCUAAGUGCUCAUUAAGAUGCAUAGUGGGGUAGGAAUAUUUUUUCUAAAGAACAUAUGUUUGAGAGGUUUCCACAUGUUCUAUUGAAGUCAUAGAAGAGACUUUGUUUUGUUAGAGUCUCAUGCACAAAGAAGAAAUAAGGUAAAUUGGUGAAAAAAUAUGCUUGUUAAUUUCAUUUAAGAAUGCCAGUAGAAAAUCCAUAAUUUAUAUCUUUAAGAAAAGAGAGAGCAUACAUAUUUUCAAAUAAGUAUAAAGAUUUGUUAUUGUCAUCUGUUUUAGUGCUACUCCAUUUUAGACACCAUACCUAAAAUAAAAUAUGGUGGGUUUUUUC